UCUCUUCUCAGUCGUUAUCCGGACGCUGUUAUGGGCGGAUGCUGGAUCGUCUCCCUCUUCUGAAUGCCGCAGGGAGGCGCUCUUUUUCUUUUUCCUUUUCCCUCAUAAUCACACGUCCCACAUCGCCAUUGACGACGUCGUCGGUAUUUCUGUCACGACUUCGUCGUCGCGUCAUUGUCAUUGUCAUUUGUCGUCAUUGCCGUUGUCCGUCUUGUACGUUAGCGAUCGUCGUUCCCGAUCGACAGCGACGACGUGUGCUCGUCGCCGCACAUCUCGAAGGUGGCAGAGGAGAGCAGAGAGGGAGAGUCCGGAGAUAGCGGAAGAUAUCUCUCGCUAGUAUAGAAUAGUGUGUGUUCCGUGUGUAUACUCUGGUGUGUGUUUCCCCCCGUCGUUCUGUAUAUUAACUCAGUGCUCGAGAGACAGAAUGGCGUGGACGGAUCUUUCUUCCAUCUUGCCGCGUAAUGUAAAAGGUUACCGUCUUCGAAGUGGACGUUCACGGCGGCGCGGUACCCCAUAGCUGGCAGAAAUCACAUUUACCAAAUCCGGUGACGAUGCGAGGAUACGACUUGACAUCAUUACGUGAAAAUGGACCACGGCCUCCUGAGCCACCCUCUUCUGGUUAUCCCGCGAUGCUUUAUCAUUCUUCGUUCAGUCGACUGUAAAAGCAUGGGGUGCUAAGCCGACGGAUGGAGGGAACGUAAUAGUGGGAACAGCAAAAGCACUGCCAUAUCAUUCUGCUCAACUCUGCCGUACCUAAAAGAAAACUCGGAUUGCAGGUCGAUAUAAGAAACUGCACGAUCGCUGCGGCAAAGAAGCAAGUGCACUAAAACCAAGGAAUCGCGUGCUAAAUUUGUAUUAAUAGCAAUGAAGAAGCAAAACGUCCGAACCUUAGCAUUGAUUGUUUGCACACUUACUUAUCUUCUCAUUGGUGCUGCACUUUUUGACGUAUGUGAGUCCAACACGGAAAUAAUCCAUAAGCAUACAUUACGUGACAUUUUACAAACCGUUCUGCAAAAAUAUAAGAUAAGCAAGGAGGACUUAGGUAUCUUGGAAACAAUAGUGCUGAAGGCAGAACCUCACAAAGCUGGCCAACAAUGGAAAUUCGCUGGUGCAGUUUAUUACGCUACAACGGUUCUCACCACAAUAGGUUAUGGACAUUCGACACCAAAUACUUUACAAGGCAAACUGUUCACGAUGAUCUACGCGACUAUCGGUAUUCCUCUAGGACUUAUAAUGUUCCAAAGCAUAGGAGAACGCUUAAAUAAGUUCUCAUCUUGCGUGAUACGGAACAUAAAACGUUUUUUAAACUGUAAAGACAUCCAGACCUCGGAGACGAAUCUCAUUUGCGUGGUGACGACUUUGUCCUGCUUGACUAUCGCCGGUGGUGCUGCCGCAUUUUCCGCGUACGAAGAGUGGUCCUAUUUUGACUCCGUUUACUUUUGCUUUAUCACACUGACGACAAUUGGUUUCGGCGAUAUGGUUGCGCUGCAAAAGGACAACGAACUCGACGAGAACCCCGAAUACGUUAUUUUCGCCCUGAUAUUUAUUCUCUCUGGUUUAGCAAUUGUGGCGGCCUCGCUUAAUUUGUUGGUUUUAAGAUUUAUGACUAUGAACACGGAGGACGAGAGACGAGAUGUAGCCGAAGCACGACAGGCGUCCCAAAUCGCAGUGCAUCUCGAGGGUGAUAUAAUAACGGCGAACGGCUCGAUUCUGUCCGGUUUUUACGGUAACGUGUCUUCGUGCCUCGAAAAGGAAGAGUCGGUGUGCAGUUACCCGUGCAGUAACACCUUUCAGUCGUCGCGUCGGAGACCACGUUUGAAAGUGUGCCGUUCGCCCAGUAAUAUCUCGCAACUGUUGCCGAUGCAACAGCUAUCGGCUCUGAACGCCGAACGACCGCUCACGCCGCUGCUGCAGAUGCCGCAGCAUCGCGCCAGCAUCUAACAGUACUGUUCCAGGAGUAGCGUGUUCGUUACUCAACGUCGUUAUUGCGAGCAGCCGCGACGGACGUUUAAUUCAAAAGAGAGAUUGUUGGUUCCCACGGCUGUGGUGGCGCUUCAACGACUUUUUCAUCGUCGUCAAAAGACGUUUUUUUAAAUUACGCGCGAAAGAGUGUGAAUAUUGCCCAAAAGUCUGUAUUUAACGAGUGCAAUCGAAAACUUGACUACGUGACAAAGAAAGACAAUAUAUUGCCACGUUCUUUGUCUCUACCGCGUGUGUGAUAUACCUACAUAUACAUCUGUGUACGCACAACUGUGGUAUAUAUCGUAUAUACGGACGCGAAAGGAUAAUGUCUCACACGAAGAGAAUCGACAAUCACAUUAUCCUCAUCUCUCCUCAACCGCGCCAAAUUCUACGUAAAGCGUCGAUGAGAUCGAAAACAAAAAAUGUAGAUAUUGCCCCUCGCGAGAGAUUUGGUCUGAAAGUGUUUCUUCAGAUCUCUCUUAAUAAUAGGAAACGUAGUAGCGUAAUAAGGUUUAAUUAACAUAGACUCCCACUUUUUUAUAAAUUUUAUGUUUGUAUAUAUAUAUAUAUUCACAUAUGCGUGUACAUAUAUGUAUACACACAU